AUGGAGGAUGCUGAAUUCACCAACAGCAAUGAAGAAGGGCAGAAAACUCUUUUACAGUUUUUGGAAACGGAAGAAAAAGAAGACAAAGCGGGUCAGCAUUCUAAUGUAAAAGACCAUCAUGAAGGUGAAGAUUAUGAAGAACACAGACUUGAAAAGUCAGGUGUUGGUGGCAAGAUGGGAAACAACCUUUCUGAAGGAGUUGAAGAUGAGUCUGAUUCUAGCACGUAUGAGAUGUGGCAAACAGAAGAUGAGCAGGGAAAAUCUGAAAGCUUCAAUGAGCAAUCUGAAAAAGAUAAAGAGGAGCUGGAGAUGCAGUACCAAAAACAAGCAGAAUUGCGGAUUCGGAGGGAAAAAAUAGCAGCUCUGCGUGCAGAGCAAAACCAAAAAGCUAGAGAAAAAAAAGAUGAGGAAGCCCAGAAAGAAUAUGAAGAAAAAUGUAAAGAAAUGCUUGAAGAUAUUCAAAGGAACCAUGAAAAGGCAGUCCACUUCCUGAGAAAAACAAUGACAAGAAUUCAUGAGAAAAAUGCAGAAGAAGAACUGAAGUCUAAGGAGCAUAUGGAAAGGAGGAUACAAGCUGUGCUUUCCCUGAAAAACAGCAUAACUUCCAACAGGGAAAACCUCCGAACCCUCCAGAUAGGGAAAAAAGCAAGGGCCUUUGAAGCAAAAAAGCAAGAGAUGAAAAUGAGGGAAGCUAUCCUAGCAGAAGGAGGCAAUGUUACCAAGGAAGUCGUCCUCCAUAAACGACUGCUGGAAUAUGAAAAAGAGAAACAAGCUUUUGCAGAACAGCAAAAAUCUAGAAGAAUUGAGAUUGUAGCUCGAAUUUUGCAAGAAGAUCUUUACUUUCACAAGCAGAAAAAUAGUCAAAUAAGUAUAAAGGCAGUUAAAAGGGAUGAUAAACUUGAGGAUUCUGUGCUUUGGAGAAUGAAAACAUGGCAAUAUAUUGAGAAGACAUGCAAACAUUCAGCUGCAGCACUACCACAGUUGUCGUACAGCUCAGCUAAUGAAAGAACUACUUCUGCACAAGAAGUUCCUGAAAAAGUAUGCCAUGAUGUGUCUCGUGAAAGCAGAGAAGAUGAGACAGACAGGGACAAGCCUCAAGCUGAACCAGAGUUUCCAGGACUUUGGGAUCAGGAAUGUGGCUUGCACAAGGUACCCGAAGAAGAAACUGAACCAAAGCUGUUGGCUGCAAGAAUGAUGAGAAGUGAGAUUUUCGAAAAAACAACGGGGAAACUACAAACUGGAAUUGUUCAUAAGGAAACAGGUGCUGCUCGUGAACAUGAGAGGUGUCCUUUUUAUAGUAAACCAAAUCUCAUUCAUUUCAAGGAUUUUGAUGUUGGUAAAAUCUACAAAAAGAAGAUAGUUUUGACAAAUGCAUCUUACAGUGUUAACUUCUGCAGACUAGCAGGAAUCAGCGAAUGGCUCAAGGACUUCAUCAGUAUUCAUUUUGACCCACCUGGCCAAAUGUCUGCUGGAAUGUCCUGUGAAGUAGGGGUAACAUUUAAGCCAAUGAUAAAUGAAACUCUUGAAGGAGAAAUCACAUUUAUGGCACAAACAGGUUCUUUUUCUGUUCCAUUGAAGUGUACAAUCAAGAAAUGCAUUUUGGCGCUAGAUAAAGAACUCAUUGACUUUGGCACUCAAGUUGUGGGGGAGAGAAUUUCACGGAUGAUCACCCUGACAAACCGUGGAGCUUUGGGAACACGAUUCAAAGUUCAGGUGUCAUCAGGUGACAGUAGCAUAAGCAGAGCAAUAGCAAAGUCUUGUGGAAGAAUGACUAGUCAACAAUUCAGUGAAUCUGUCCCUGAAGAGGAAGUCAAUAUUAGUCCUAUGAAAUCUCUGCUUAAGAAAAAGGAUGAAACUUGUCCUGACCAUCAUGAGGAAAUGGCUAAUUGUGUAACUCAAAUGGAACAGCAGAAGAUAGAAACAAGCCUGAGGAGCAGUUCUGCAGGUGAGAAGCAUACGUUCUGCUUUUUUUGUUUUUGUUUCUUCUUUUCCCUUUCUUCUCCAGAAGAGCUGAGUCAAGAUGUGUUAAACUCCGAAUUGGAUCUAGAAGCAGAUGACGCAAAGAACUUGGUGGAACCUUCUCCUGAAGAAACACCAGCUGAAAUUAUGCUGGGCAAGGUUACUGAAGGUGAAAUUGGACCCUUCAGCUCUGUGAAGCUUCAGAUCAUAUUUAUCCCAGCUAUCCCUGGGGAUGUACGGGCAGAGUUUGUGAUUACAUUUGACAACUCACCCUGCAAACCACUGUACUUUAGUGCCACGGGAGUUUCUAUUGAUGUGCCAGUUUGGGUGCCCAAUCCAAAUGUUGAUUUAAAGAUCUGUAUGUACGACCGCCUUUAUCAAGACUGCAUUGUCAUUCAAAGCAGAGCAAAAGCUGCGCUGCGCUUGACGUUUGAAGUGUGCAGAGAAUUGACUAAACAUAUGGAGCUUCUGCCAAAAACAGGUUACAUUCAAGCUCAGUCAUCCUUCAGCGUGCAGCUGAAGUUCCUGCCCAGGCACUCUCUUCCUGAAGAUGCAGGGAACUAUUUUGAUGAGGAGACAAGAGUUUUGGAAGUUCCAAUGACAAUACUGAUUGCAGAUAAGACUAAACCUGUGACUUUUACUGUCCAUGCAAUUAUUACUACUUCUGAUUUGGAAAUCAAUCCAGCAGAAAUAAAUUUUGGAUACUGCACAAUCUAUGAAGCUGUGCAAACAAACAUCACACUAACAAACAAAUCCAUCUUGCCACAAGAGUUUGGGUUUGUGGGACUUCCAGAGUUUGUUGAAAUUCAACCCAAUGAUGGACUUGGAAUUCUUCUUCCUCUUGAAAGCCUAACACUGGAUAUAAUCUUUAAAGCCAAUAAGGCAAAGGAAUACAACUUUGAACUAACCUGUAAAUCGGAGAUUAAUAGACAAUUCAAGCUGUCAUGCAAAGCUGUUGGAGUCCACCCACCUCUUGAAUUGUCUCAUUCCUUAGUCCAGUUUGCUGCAACAGCUUUAAACGGUGUAUCUACAGCAACACUCUAUGUAAUAAAUUCCCAUGUAAGUGUCAACCGCUUUACUCAUGCCGUCCCAAGAAUUGGCAAUGGGGAAAUUGCCCCUGUUGGACCCACCUCCUUUGAAUUCCACGUGCCAGAAGAUUGUCCUGUGACAAUUGCACCUUCUGUUGGGACUGUGUUGCCUGGGAAGAAAAGCUUAAUUCAAGUGUCCUUCAGACCAACAUUGUCAGAUCAGCUAAUCAGAGAAGAGGCAAUUCGGCUCUGCAGAGCAGCUGUGGCAAGGGCAGAAAUACAAGCAAAGAAGAAAAAUGAGAGGAGAGAGAUAAAGAAAUCAAACACUUCGUUUAUCAGACACCAGUCUUCAAGACAGCUUGCAAGAGACAGAGGCAGUAAACACCUGAAUCCUGUGUGUAGUUCUGAGCAACCAAAAUUGGAAGAGAUAGAACCUGAGAUUUUUAUUCCUGAAUUUUCUAGUUCUGAAGAUUAUAUGGCAGCCCAGACUUUGUUAAUCAGGAAUUUCAGAGGGAGUUUUGAAAAAUAUGUCAUACCCUGCUUUGUUGCAAGUGGAGAUACUGACGGAAGGAGAAGCUGUGAAGAUCUAAGCUGCAGCCCUCAUAAUACCUUGUAUCUGGAGCUGCACUGUCCAGCUGUAGCACCAUCUGUUGUGGUCACUUCAGAUAAUGGGAAAAACACAGUCAAUUUUGGCGAUGUCGCAAUAGGUCAUAGAAGAAUCAAGCAAAUUACAAUACAGAAUAUCUCUCCAGAGAAGCUGGAACUGGGAUUCUCAAUUCUGAAUCCCCGGGGUCCUUUCUUGUUGGUCAGAGCAGUUGGAGUGCUUCAGCCAGGGGAAAAUAAAACUCUUAUCAUCUCUUUUUGUCCAGACGAGGAUAAAUGGUUUUUUGAAACACUGGACAUCUGGACUGUGAAAACCAGCCUAACCCUGAACAUCACCGGGCACGGGGUGACGCCAUCAAUUGUGUGCUCUGUGCAGGAAGCCCUCGAUAUGGGGUACGUCAUAGCCCAAGAGAAAGCGACCUCCACGUUCAAGAUACAGAACACUUCCACACUGAACCUGAGCUACUCCAUACAACUGGAUUCCCUUUCUUCCACAAGGGAUAAAGAUCAGCAGAGACUUCCCUCCUUCAUGACAUCAUCUUUGCAAAGAACAGAUUUUGUUGGAACACAGAACUAUAAUGGUUUAAGUGUGUUCAGCAUCUUUCCAAUGGAAGGAGAAAUUAUUGCUGGGAAGAGUCAGGAUUUUAUUGUUACUUUCAGUCCUGAUCAUGAAAGUCUGUACUAUUCUGACCGUCUGAAGGUUGUGCUCUUUGGCAAGGAAGUAGCCCAUGUGAUCCACUUAAAGGGGGCAGCAAGAGACCGUCCAAUGUUUGUGGAAGGGGGAAUUCCACUGGAUGUGCCCGUAGAGUCCUUGGCUGUUACACUGCCUGUGUCAUCGCAGGAAGCAGCAAAGGGAGAGCUGCAAGAACCAGUCAGGUCCAUCCUGCUUGUCCUGGAGUACAUCGAGGGAGAGAGUUCGGUAGUGCCAGCAGUGGCAGAACUGAAAGUUGGAGCUAUCCGGACAGCUCAGUUUGCAUCCAAGAAGAGCGUGGAUUUCAGCUUUGAGAACCUGUCACUGCUGCAGCAGAGGGGAUUCACCCUUGACGCUCCAAAGGGAACAGUUGAUCGUGGUCAAGUAAAAUGCAUCAGCGUUUCGUGGGUGCCACCUGCUGAUUUCCAAGCUGACAGCCCUCUGACUGUGACAACCCUACUGACCUUAAAAGGUGACAUUAAGGAAUCUUAUCAAAUCCUCUUCAUGGCAAAAGUUGUAUCUGCAUGUACUCCCACUAAGCAAGGAAAAUAAAUUAAAUAGAAAGGAAGAUGGUGGAGGUUUAUAUUAUUGACAAAGCAUUUGAUCUCAAC